AUGCCAAGCGACCUUGCGGUAGCUGAGGAAGCUGCGGCGAGAUUGAGGCUUAACUGUGUACUGGAACACGUGGGACCAAAAUUGUUCGGGCGAGAGUCAGGCUCAAUCGACUACGGCCUUUUGUCAGAUGGACUGAGAUUUGAGGCAUCAAUACAUGCUGCCAUCAGCGGGGCGUUGGCGAUACAGGGUGUUGAACCAUCGAACGUCCAUUCGGUCGUUGCGGCGUUCCAAGAUACCGCAUGGAAUACUUCCGACGGCGCCUACGAUUUACUCGAAGGAGAAUACCGAGAGCUCAUGGGUCUGCCCGGUCGUUUUGAUAUCCCCACUUCCCCUUCCGCACCGAGUGUUAUCUCGGACGUAGCGUCCUUCGUUAAGAGUAUAGGGGCCGGGGCCGUCGCCCUCGAUCAGUGGUGGGAGCGCGGCGACGCCGAUUGGCUUGACAAUGAAACCACCCAAGCCAGCAGGGCGGCGCAUUUAUUCCUCACUACGGCAAGGUUUGGGAUGGCCCCGCCGAUUGCCGGCUCAGGACGGGACGGGGAGCAACACCGUAGGGCGCCAGACAUUGUCAAUACCCUGGAGCAUAUGGACGGCCAACUGUCACAACUGCAAGAGUCCGUCCAGGCACAGAGGGAUGCUCUGGAGGGUGCGGUGUAUGACGUGGAAGACCGCUUACUCGCGGCAUAUCUGCAACUGUACGAAGGGGCGCAGGACGCAACGGACGAGGUCGCCGCGGUACGCCGGCAUCUGGAAGGCAAAUGGAAUAUGUACGGCGGUCCAGCACACAUUCAAGCUUUCGUCACGCAUUGGCUCGACAGCCUGAUGGGUGGAAGGGGAUGA